UACUACGUUUAUUUUAUAUACCUUUGUCAUUCGUCGUUGAAUCUUCCUACACCCACCAUCUCGUCCUUCUUAUUCAACCUCUUUUUUAUUUGGCUUUUCAUGCAAAUGACAAAGACCAUGGCGACUACUUCUACUACAAACUCUAACCCUGAUGGUCAAUCUACAGCUUCUACUUUUACAACCAAUACCACCAACAAUACUGCGGAUACAACAAAAUCAUCAAACGAAAAACAAGAGACAAUACGACAAAUCAAAGUCAAGUCAGUCCCAUCUUCUGGUUUAGAUGCAGCAAAUGUGGAUACUACAACAAUGACAACACCGGUUGACUCUUCUUCAUCUUCACAGACUACGACAACUACCAAAAAAAAGAAAUCAAAACUUCAAUCUUUCAAAUCACUCUCUGAUGCCACCAUCAAGUCAAGAUAUUCGGUUCGAUCUUCCACUUCUUCUAUUUCUAUAAAGUCGACACAUCACCAUCACCACCAUCACCAUCAUCCUUCUCCUCAUUGGUUGACUUCUUUUCCUUCACCCUCUUUGGCUAGCUCAACUACCUCCUCAUCCAGUAAGAAGAAACAUGUAGACACUCUCGAUAACGAUGAAUUUUGGUCAGCCACUAGUUCAACAGAAGAACGUCAAAAGAUUCGGGAAUUCUGGUUACAACUUGGCGAAGAUGAAAGGCGUUCUCUAGUUAAAGUUGAAAAAGAAGCUGUAUUACGAAAAAUGAAAGAUCAACAGCGACAUGGAUGUAAUUGCUCUGUUUGUGGGAAGAAAAGGACUGCUAUUGAAGAUGAACUUGAAGUAUUAUAUGAUGCCUACUAUGAAGAACUAGAACAAUACGCCAAUCACCAACAGCAUAAUCAACUUUAUGGAUCGCAUACUUUACAAGCAGCAGCAGCAUCCGCAGUAGCAGCAGCAUCAGCAGCCACAAUAUCUACACAAUCAAAAGCAAUACCAAAAAUUCCUGUAUUUCCUCGUGCUCUUGGAGAUGCCAUUGAUCAUCGGCAGCUACAGCAACGUCUAAAACAUAAACAGCAACUUGGUAAUACAACUGAUAUUUCCGGAGAACACAAUGCAAAUGACGACGAAGAUGAGGUUGACAUGGAUGAUGAUGAGGAUGACGAUGAAGAUGAGUUUGAAGCAUCAACAAUGGUAACUCGACAUGGUGAUCCGGACAAAUCUUUGGUAGAUGUUGCUCAAUAUGCAGCAGCAGCAUCUCAACUUGUCAAAAGUGGUCAUUCUUCAGCAAUGGCGGAACAUUUUAAUUUUGGUAACAGUCUCACAGUCAAAGGUGGUAUUCUUACGGUUGCGGAUGAUCUAUUGAAAAAUGAUGGUCGAAAAUUCCUGGACAUGAUGGAAAGGUUGGCUGAACGACGUAUUCAACGGGACGAAGGCAUCAGCAUCGAAGGUGAAGAUGAAGAAGAUGAUGUAGACGAUGAAGAUGACGAGGAAUACUACGAUGAAGAAGAAGAUGAUGACAAUGAUGACGACCAUGGUGAUCAUAUCUCUGAAAAUGACAAUGAAGAUGACGACGAUGACGACGAUGAUGAAGAUGAUGAAGAAGAGCGAUACUUUUUCAACGAUACUCGAACGGAAGAACAACGCAUUGAAGAAGGUCGUCGCAUGUUUCAAAUCUUUGCUGCACGAAUGUUUGAACAACGAGUUUUAUCAGCUUAUCGUGAAAAGGUGGCUAGGGAACGACAACAGCGCUUGAUUCAAGAAUUGGAAGAAGAAGAUCGGUUGCAAAAGGAACGAGAACUCAAAAAACAAAAGGAUAAGGAAAAAAAGAAGGAUAAGAAACGCUUACUGAAAAAACAAAAAGAAGAAGAACGUCUAGCAAAGGAAGCUCAACUCAAGGCUGAAGAAGAAGCACAACGACUUGAACGUGAACGUAAGGAAGAAAUCGAACGACAAAAACGAGAAGUUGAACGACAGCGAAAAGAAGAAGAGCGACAACGCAAGGAAGAGGAACGACAGCGUAAAGAGGAAGAAAAGCGACGUCGACAACGUGAAGAAAAGGAACGCCGGCGGAAAGAAAAGGAAGAACAACAACGUCUAAAACAAGAACAACAGCGAAAAGAGGAAUUGGAACGUCAACAACGACUGGAAAAGCAACGUAAAGAACAGGAAGAAAAGGAAGAAUUGGAACGUCAACGACAGGCAUUAGAAGCGACCACUUUGGAAAACAAGGAAACAACGAGUACUCCCGCAUCUACAAUUCCCGUCCAAGAAGGUCCUGUCACUACAUCUACCGACAAUAAUGAUAUUCCAGAUGAAACUAGACAACGUGUUCUGAUGAAUGCACUACUUGGUACUUCUGGUCCUUUGGCUAGCUCAUCGUUAACAUCUUCCAAUGAUUUACCACUUGAUGAACAACGAAGAACUUCGUUUAUACCUUCCCAUUUGGAUGUACUACAGUCAUCUCGAUCUCCUAGUGUGGAUUCCGGCAAUCUUGGAUCUAUGUUAUCAAUGUCACCUGGAGCUCCUUCAGUAUUAGGUCAAGGACUUGGAGGUAACGUCGGCACUAGUCUCUUUUCGCCAAUCAGCAAUCCAUUGGAUCAUUUACCAGGACAUGUUAACAAAACUCGAGUAUCUAUCCCUUCUGUUGGUACUAUUGGUCAACCCAUCAACAACGAACGACGCUCCUUCUCCUCCACUUCAUUAGCGGGUCAUAUAGAAGAUUCUAUGGAUUCAUCAUCACCAUCUUUGAAACGACGAUCAAGUCCUGGUAGUGGCGUUAGCGGUAUCAAUAAUACAUCCUCUACACAACAACCCAUUGGUGUGGAAAACUCGUUCUUCUCCAACUUUUUAUUCGGCGAAUCCAAUCAACGUAUCUCUUCAUCUGAUCAUCCAUCCUAUCAACAAAGUAUGCAUCACGCCCCUUAUGGUCAACCAAUGAUUCCUAAUGAUGCAAAAUUAUCUGGUGACAUCAACUCGUUGGAUAGACGAUUUGGCGAUCAUUCUUAUAAUUGGACAAAUGGUAAGUUUACCAAAAAAAAAAAAAAAAUAGAUGAUAUUCACAUUAUUGAUUAUUAGGCUGGAAUGUGUCGAAUGCACUUACCAAUGGUAUCCGUAAUAAUUUGUUUGGUGAUGGAAUGACGACGAUGGAUCGACAUAGCAUGAUUAUGGAUCGGGCGAAAACAGCAUAUCAGAAAUUGGAUGAAAUCACGCAC